UCACAACACGCAGAGAAAUUUGCACCAAUGUUGAUAAACUACCCAUUUGAACAUUUUCUUCUUUAAUAGAGAUAAAUUAAAAGGUCAUACCAAAUUCAACAAUCCAAUAGAACAAGCUUGCAAGUUUCACCUAUGGAUUCUUUGUUUAUCUUAAAUACUCCUUUCUGCUGCAUCUAGUUUCAGAACAUCAUAAUCUUGUCCACUUUCAGAAAUUUAGAAGCCAUGGCCUUAAAGGUUACUCAAACCUUGGCCUUGUUGGUUGUUUUUGUUACUUUGAGUUUUAGAUUUCAAUAUUGUAAUGCAGCUGACUCUUCUGGAUUGGGAGCUUCUUUUAUUUUUGGUGAUUCUCUAGUUGAUGCUGGAAAUAACAAUUACCUACCAACUUUGUCUAAAGCAAAUAUCAAGCCUAAUGGAAUUGAUUUUAAGGCUUCCGGCGGAAACCCAACCGGCCGGUACACCAAUGGGAGAACCAUUGGCGAUAUAAUAGGGGAAGAACUAGGGCAACCAAAUUAUGCUAUUCCAUUUCUAGCCCCAAAUUCAACUGGGAAAGCAAUACUGUAUGGUGUCAAUUAUGCUUCAGGAGGAGGAGGGAUUUUGAAUGCAACUGGAAGACUAUUUGUUAAUAGGCUAAGUAUGGACAUUCAAAUUGAUUAUUUCAACAUUACCAGAAAACAAUUUAAUCAAUUGUUAGGUCCAACAAAGGCAAAAGAAUAUAUUAGGAGGAAAUCCAUCUUCUCCAUCACCAUCGGAGCAAAUGAUUUCCUGAACAAUUAUCUACUUCCAGUUUUAUCUGUUGGUGCAAGAAUCACUCAAAGUCCUGACGGUUUCAUCGACGAUAUGCUCAGUCACUUAAGAGAACAGCUUACUAGAUUAUAUAAAUUGGAUGCUCGAAAAUUUGUAAUUGGAAAUGUCGGACCGAUAGGUUGCAUACCAUACCAGAAGACUAUAAAUCAAUUGAAAGAGAAUGAAUGUGUGGAUUUGCCUAAUAAGUUGGCAAAUCAGUAUAAUGCUAGAUUGAAAGAUUUGCUGACUGAAUUGAAUGAGAAUCUUCCUGGAGCUACCUUUGUUCAUGCCAAUGUCUAUGAUCUUGUCAUGGAAGUCAUCACGAAUUAUGAUAAAUAUGGGUUUACAACAGCAACAAGAGCUUGUUGUGGAAAUGGAGGGCAAUUUGCAGGGAUAAUUCCAUGUGGACCUCAAUCUAGUAUGUGCGAGGAUCGUUCCACGCAUGUGUUUUGGGAUCCUUACCAUCCAAGUGAGGCUGCCAAUCUUCUACUUGCCAAGCAAUUGCUUGAUGGAGAAAAAAAAUACAUUUCUCCUAUGAAUCUUAGGCAACUCAGAGAUCUUUGAUUUUCAUUUUUCAUGUGUAAUGAUUUUCUUUUAUUGAGCAAAAUCUAAUUUCUUCCUCCAUUAACAAGAUUUUGCUCUAUACCCUUUUUACCUUUUUCUUUUGUUUUCCUCUUCUUUGUUUCACAUUUUCAUUCUCCUUUCAUGUUGCCUUGCAAUAUGGUUUGAGAGUACAAUUUUAAACAAAAAAACUUAAUAAUUAAUUUUUAAUAGGGCCAAAUUAAGGCUUGUCUC